CCCGAAAACCUGGAAACCAGUCUACUUCGUCGUCGAUUCGACGCUAACUCUUUCUUUGAAAAAGAGAUUAAUAUUUAACACCCAAGAAAAGGUUUACACUUGGUCGAAGGUUUGAAGCGAGUAUGAGAAAAGAGUUGUGCAGAAACUUUCAGCAGGGCAGUUGUAGGUAUGGAGAAAGAUGUAGAUACCUUCAUCCACAACAAACUAUACCAAACAACCCCUUCGGCUUCGGCACACAGCAGCAACAGAACAAGACUUCGAACAACCCUUUUGGAUUUGGUGUACAAGGCGGUUCCAACUCCAACAGACCAAAUCAGUCUCAGCAGCCUUUUCAGAAUACAUGGCAACGUAAUCCUUCUAGUGGUAGUGGUGGUGGUGCUUCUUCUUCUACGCAGCAGUCUAGUAAACAGACUCAGCAGGCUGACCAUAAAUGCACGGAUCCUGCUGCGUGUAAGAGGGUGAUUCAAGAGGAUCUUAAGAAUGAGAGACCCAUGUGGAAGCUCACUUGCUACGCUCACUGCAAACACCUUCCUUGUGACGUUUCUGGUGAUAUCAGCUACGAAGAGUUACGUGCCAUGGCGUAUGAAGAAUCCAAACGAGGAGUACCUCUACAGUCUAUUGUUGAAAGGGAGAGGAACUUGCAAAAUGCUAAAGUAGCUGAGUUUGAAAACUUUCUAAGGAGUCCAUACAGAGGCGCUGCUACAUCCAAUCAAACUCCUAGUAUCUUCCCACCAGCUACUCAGGUCAACGCCUCUCCAGGGGGAUUCUCUGCCUUCAACCAACAACCAGCAUUAUUCCCAAACACCAAUGCUGGUGGUGGAACUCCUAAUCCUUUUGGACGGUUUAAUCAACAACCUAAUGCUUUCAGCGUCAACACUCCUCAACCUGCUCCUUCAGGUCCUUCUGGUUUCCUGAGUCAACCAUCAUCGUUUGGACCUGGACCAGCUGCUCCAUCUGGUUUCCAACCAUCAGUAUCGUUCAAGCCAGCAUCGUUUGGACCUGGACCGGUUGCUCCCUCUGGUUUCCAGAGUCAGCCAGCAUCGUUUGGACCUGGGCCAGGACUCUCCACACCUCCACAGAACAGCAGCAUCUUUCCUUCAGUAACUCCAACGCCGGCUUUUAACACUAACCAGAAUAAUCAGACCGGUUUUAGUUUCAAUUCCCCUGUUGCAUCUUUCACUUCUCAAGCUGUAGACACAACAAACACACCUUCCGGAACCGAGCUGCAAGCAGGAGGUGCCCCUGUUGAUAAUAGCAUCUGGUUAAAGGAGAAAUGGAAUCCAGGAGAGAUUCCGGAGCAAGCGCCGCCUGAUGCAUUUGUUCAUCGAUAAAGAAAAGUGUCAUUUGUUGCUUCUCUGUAGCAGAGAAGCUCAUUUUGUUCUUUUAGGUGAAAUUGAAGUUUUGAAAUUACGUCUAGGGAAGUGUUUCUAAAUGACUUCUGUCAAUUUUCUUAUGAUCGUUUGUGUAAUGAUUUUGUUAACCAAAAAAACAAACUAUUGAAGCCUUUAACGAAAAACCC